AUGUUAGAACCGGACAUAAGUGUGCUCGAAGGAUAUGAUGCUAAAUCAAUGAUGUUAAAUCAUCCCACAUCCAAGAACGUUCGAUUACUCGUUGAAGUGGCUUUAUCAUCGCUUAAUAUUGAUCGUGAAUUAAAAUAUCAGAUAUACGUGGAACAUGAUAUACUUGAGUUCUGGAUCGUUGAUCUUGUUCAUUUUGUCGUUCAUGUUUACAAACAACCAAAUAAAGAAUCAAGAUUAUACGAAAACGUUCAAACAUACACACGAGGUCAGCGCAUUCGAACGUUAUCUGUUGAAGUUAGCAUCGAUGAUUUUUUUUUAUAA